AAGUCACCAGCAGAGGUCAUUAAACGUCCAUAUCAGAGCUAUCGAUGCAUUAGUAUAGUAGUGCGAUUGCUUUUGUCUGUUUUAUUGCUGUGAAUGGACCACUGGCUAACGUUGGACUCAAAAUCUAUGUAAAAAAUUCCCUGCCAUACUACCAAUUCAGCAAUGCAGUCUUUACAAGGAGAGAAUCAACACCUGUGGAUGUCACAAGUCAUUGAUUUGAUGGUGUCCAGCUAGAGCUAGCUACAGCUAUGUCUGUCGCCUCUCUCCUGCGAAGUGCCAUGAGAGUGGGGAACAGACAUGUCGCAGCACAUUUGGUCCAUCAGAGAGCUCUUUCAGGGGCAGAUGCUAUCAAUGCACUGAGACCUUUCUACUUCGCAGUGCAUCCAGACUUCUUUGGCCAGCAUCCCAGGGAAAGGGAAGUGAAUGAAAAUUCCCUCAAGAGACUCAAUGGUUAUUUGGAAAACCUUCAGAAACCGGGAACCCGCUCAGUCCAACCAACAAAGCUCACCUUUUAUGUCAGGGAAAUAAAGGAGAAGGAAGACAUUCAGAAGGACGUCCUUCCUCCUGGGUUCCGUUCGGUCAGCUUCACUCUGCAGACCAAGGAUGUCCUGACCACCGUAAUGGACGUGCUGAAGUCCUGCAGUCUGUCCACAGAGCACAUGAAGGGACUGAAGGCCAGCUCAGAGUCACCCAAGAGCCAGCAGCCAGUGGCUGGGCAUGGGAACCCUUUCUACAGGCCCAUCAAAUGGGACAAAAGCUACUACAGCUUCACUGGCUUCAGAGACCCAGAGCAGGAGCUGAAGCAGGCCAAGAAAGUAGAGCCCACACUAAGCUUGUGGCUGAGAAACCAUGAGAAGGAGGCUACGAAGAAGCAGAACGCCAGUGUCCCUCGACGGGAGGAGCUGAAGAGACUCAAGAAGGAAUUGUGUCAAAAAUUUGCCUUGGAAGAUAUUAGGUGGCAGCGCAGCUGGGGAGUGACUCACAGAUGCUGUCAGCUCCAGAGUCUGAGCCGUCUCUCCCAGCAGAACCCUGAGGCUGUGCUCAACCUGCGAGGACACACUAUAAUAUUCACUGACCAAUCAGGGAUGAAUGCCUCGGGUCAUGUGAUGCUGGGAACAAUGGAUGUUCAUCACCAAUGGACAAAACUGUUUGUGAGUCUCCCCAGCUACCGUAGCCUGCUCCAGCAGACAGAGUGGCUGAAGGAGAGGAUCAGCCAUGUGUUGGGAGGUAUUCAAGUAACUAACAUAGAGAGACUGGGACCUGUACAGCCUAUAGAGGAACACUGCAGCAUCCUCAACACCUUCCAUAAGAGACUACUGGCCCGACGCCUAGCCCUGCAUCCCAGGAGCCUGCAAGGUCUGGCCAUGACCCUGGAGAAUGACCGCUCCAGCCCCAGCCUGCAUGAGAUGGGUCACUUCGUCAUCCCAGCCACCUGUGAGCCCAGCAGACUACAGACUUUCCUCCAGAGCAUGGCCUGGGAGGCCCGACAACGAAUCAAACACAGGAAACAGCUGCAGAAGGAGGAGGAGGAGGUACUGCUCCACUGCCUGGAGGCUCUGGCCCUGAGGAAUCUGUCCAAGGAGCCCAGUGUCAGACACAACCAGAUGAUCCCCUGCUGCAGGCGGUUGCUGGAGGAACGCUCCCCCCUCAUGGAGGGCCUCCGGGUGGAGGUCUCCCACUUCUACUCUGUCAUGCAGGACGGGGACUUGUGCAUCCCCUGGGACUGGCAGGGCUGAGGGGACAGGGACAGGGGACAUGCUGCAGCACGCCUGGUUGAAUCAGACUCCAUGCUAUCCUCACCAUGUCUACCACCAAGCUACACUGCAGCUGCCUCACAGAGAAACAAACCGACUGACUCUCACAAGGUCAAUCACGUUAUCCUUCUACUGGAGAGGACAGAUAAACAGACAUACUCUUUUCACACUAUUGUGCUGAACCAGGGCCCGGUUUCCCAAGAGCAUCUUAAGGCUGAGUUCAUAGUUAGAACCUUCGUAGGAGCAUUGUUAAAUCUCUGAACUGUUUUCCAAAGCCAUCCUUACUAAAGUUGCACUUGAAAACGCUUGUUAUUUACCGUCUGCCUCAGAUCACUCCGAGAACUGCUAGUGUUAUUUUUCCCUUCCACUAAACAUAGACUCAAGAUGCUUCUCUGUCUCUCUGUGACCACCGAUAACUUCACAACGAUGUUGACUGCAAAUAUAGAGUUGCCAAUGCCUUUGCAAUCGUUAGAAACAACCAAAGGAUUAAAAAAAACGAUAUGACUGCAUUCAGAUAUAAAUAGCCUACCUACCUACAGUACAGUCUACAUAGGCCUAUAUUUCCAUUAGUUUUAUUUAUCUAUUUGGCAUCUGUAAUUUCUGCCUUUUAUAUAUUUCAUGAUGUGUCAAAUCUUGAUUUAGUACAUUUAUUAUAGGGUAAGCAUUAGAAUAAGAUCACAGUCGCACUAGCUGAUCCGUCGUCAGUAUUGUGGAAUAAUUAUCAUUUUAAGGUAAGAUAUUAAUGAAGAAAGCUGAUCUGAAUUCUUUCAAUCUUUGGCCAUUGUAGGAAAGGUGCAUCGUUAAAACACUCGUAAGCCUAAAUCCCAUCGCUAUCGAGAAGCCAGGCCCAGUACUGUGCUGGCUUGCAUACGUUCUUUUCAUAAUGUCCUUUCCAGCACAUUCCAGUAACUAUGGUGGAUAGGAUGGGUAACCAGACCAGCUCAGCUUGGUUUAGUAGUGUGAAAAGGUUUGGUCAGAGCAGGCUGGUGCAAUAGUUAGUUUGUAUUAACCAACAAGAAGGCCUAGUAUCUUGAAGUCAGUGUUCAGGAAGGUGUGUGUGUGAAUAAACCAACACAGAGGAAUAGUAUCAAUAUUUUCAUUAGGGGUGUAUGAGGGAAAACAAGAUGUUUGUUAAUGUAGUACAGUGGCACUUUAUAUUGAUUGUGUUAUUUUAAUGAACAUUUUGUGGAGUAGUAUUUCCGAGACGAUCUAAGAAGAUGACUAUUACACUUAUUCAAAUCUAUUACACUUGCCUUUAAACUGUACAGAAACACACUUUGCUAUCACAAAAGAAGAGCUAAGAAAAGAAAUGGCUCGGUAUUAUGAGCUGUCUCAUACGAUGACCGGAACGGGAGACGGCAUAUACUGUUGCAGUGUUUAAACUCUACACUAGAUGGUGUGCUCUAAACUCAGUAUGGGGUUCAUUGGUUUUUGUAAUGAAAUAUACAUUUCCGAGUGAGAUUUGAUGUUCUGGUGUUUCUCAGAGUAGGAGUGCGGAUUUAGGAUCAGUUUGGCCUUUUAGAUCACAAUAAAAAAAAACAUUACAUGGACAGGGGAGACCUGAUUCUAGAUCAGAUGUUUGAUACAUAGAGCCUAUGGUUAGUGGUCUACUGUAGGUUGAUCUUGACUGAAAUGGGCACCAGCUAUUAGAAGAAGAGCUAAAGUACUGGAAGUGGAUCCCACCACAUUGAUGCAGCUCUCGUGCGAUGGGACAGUCAAAUGGAAUGGAGACUUCAUACUGCAAGAUCAAGUAAUACUAACUGCAUCAGUUACCUGACUAGCUAGAAUACUGUCGACAGCUGGGAACAAUAAUGAUUCAUAUAUGUUUGUUUUUACCUCUUAACUUUAACACAACCAAUACCACAGAAUAAAGACCUGCUAAAAGAUG